CGGGCACGAGGGGGCAUGUGUUAUACAUGAAUGUCGACAGGACCUCAUCUAUAGAGAUACGCUGCCAUACUCUCUGCUGCAGUGUGUCCCCACUGUCAAACAUCUACAGGACCCCCGGGCCGCAGAAUAAGAGCCUAUUUAUUCAUCUGAAGAGGACGACAGAAGACUCAGAGACACAAGUCUACAUUCAGACAGUGCAGUUGUGUUACAAUGGGGGACUGGAGUCUCCUGGGUAAUUUUCUGGAAGAAGUUCAGGAGCAUUCCACGACCGUGGGGAAGGUCUGGUUGACCGUGCUGUUCAUCUUCCGCAUCCUGGUCCUGGGCACGGCUGCAGAGUCAUCAUGGGGUGAUGAGCAGUCUGACUUCAUGUGUGACACGCGACAACCUGGUUGCACCAAUGUUUGUUAUGACCGAGCCUUCCCCAUCGCACAUAUCCGAUACUGGGUGCUUCAGAUCGUCUUCGUCUCAACUCCAUCCCUCAUCUACAUGGGCCAUGCCAUGCACACGGUCCACAUGGAGGAGAAACGGAGGCGGAGAGAAUUUGAGGCGAAAGCUACAGCAGGAAAUGAGGCACGAGGAGAGAAGGCGUAUUUGGAACAUAAAGAGAAAACCGAAGAGGCACCGCCAAAGAUCCUCCUCCGGGGGGCAUUGCUUCAGACGUAUGUCCUAAGCAUUUUGAUACGUUUAGUCAUGGAAGUGACCUUCGUUGUUAUCCAAUACAUGCUGUAUGGAAUCUUUCUUGGUGCACUGUAUCACUGUGACACAUCACCAUGCCCCAACCCUGUGAAUUGUUACAUGUCCCGGCCGACUGAGAAAAACGUCUUUAUAGUGUUUAUGCUAGUGGUGGCAGCUGUUUCGCUCUUUCUCAGUGUGCUGGAGCUGUACCACAUCGGCUGGAAACAAUGCAGGCCGUGCAUUAAAAAGUACGCAGACAACCACGCCAAUGAUGUCAGGAACAAAACUGACAAAGCAGUCAAACCUAGAAGAGCAACUAUUCCAAUUGAAAUACCUGAUACGGUUAAAGUACCAGCUCCUAGCAAAACCUGUACCCCACCUCCAGAUUUUAACCAGUGCCUGGCAUCAAAUCAAGGACCAACAUCACCUCCGCAUCCUUAUCACCACCAUCCUUUUCAUAUCCACCAAAGCUGCCAGCCCUUUAAUAACCGCUUAGCCCACCAGCAGAAUUCUGUCAAUAUGGCCACAGAACGACACCAUCACAGUCAUGACAACCUGGAUGCUCAUGAAGACUUCCUGCAGAUGAGCGGUGGGAGCCCACUGCCCAGCGCCCCCUCAACACCAUCAUCCCACACAGACUUUUUCAAAGACAAGCGUCGCCUUAGCAAGACAAGUGGCACUAGUAGUAGCAGGGUCAGACCCGGUGAUCUGGCUGUUUAGAAUGGAUUAAAGCAUAGCAAGAGAAGAUGGUGAGAGAGAGAGAGAGAGAGAGAGAGAGAGAGAGAGAGAGAGAGAGAGAGAGAGAGAAUCUGUAUCAGAGCAUUUAAUCUGGUUUCCUUGAAACUGUUGUUGUAAUAGUAAUUGAAUGUAGAUUUUUAUAGGGUGAGACAGUCAUCUUAAAUAAACAGUUUUCAAUAUGACAUAUUCAGUAGUAGAUGAAUGAAUUAAAUGGAAAACUACUGAUAUAAUGUUGGUUAAAUGCAUAACAUAUUUGGGGAUAAUUUAUCUAACUAAUAAUGUUGGUUUUUAAUAACCUCAUGACACCAAUUAAAUACAGAGAACAUAUAAAAAAUAUAGAAAAAGAAAAGCCUGUAGAUAUGUCCUGCUCAAAGUAUUUCUUGAAAAUUCUGUUGUUCCACAUCUGUAUACAUUUCUGUUUUCUGUUGAACACAAAGAAAGAUAUUUGGAAGAAUGUUAGUUAUUUCCAGAUCUGGAACAUCAUUUACUAACAUAGUAGAAAAAAUAAAUACUGUAUAGAUGCUCUAAUAUAACUGUGAAUAAGAUCAGAGGAAUUGUCUUGAUGUUAAUGAUUAUGAUUACUGAAAGUGCCUUUUGAGAGAGUAGAUCAAAACACUCCACAUCUUUGUGCAAGUGACGGUAUAAUAUCUGGAUGAUCUUGUUCUCAGAAGCACAGAGGGCAAGAGCAAACAUGAAGUUAAAUAUUUCAAAUAUGUAAUUUUAUGACAUCAUUCUUCUGAAAGCAAGUUUGUUCUCACCAAAGCCCUUCCAUAGAUUUCUGUUUUAAAUGACAUUCUGUCAUGGCAAAUAUUUAAAUAUCUGGUCUCAUAAGAAACUUCACAGCUAACACAGUUACGUUGUGACGACGUACCUGGACCUGACCAUAUUCGUUGCCACGACGUACCAUAAUAACAUUCCAGCGACGUAACUUUGUGAUAACCCUAUUUGUCGAGACGACGUAACAUUGGACGUUGUUGGGAUGUGGUGAAAACCUCCUGAAGACCUUGAAAGUAUAAUUUUCAUCGCAGCUACAUAGCAAAUAACGUUUCUGGGACGUGAUGAGCAUGUCCUAACGACCAAACAGUCACGUUGCUAAAAUCGUUUUUUAUUUAAUUUAAUCAAUUAUCAUCCCUCACAUGAAGUAUUAAAUUAAUUUGUGAUUUAAUCUUUGCGUUAAAGAUUCAAUUUUAUGCAUUAUUAAACUCAACACAGCACUAGAUCACAAUCAGAUAUUUUAUUUAUACUGUAGUACAUGACAUAAAUAAUCAAAGACUAAUAAAGCAGAACGUUAUUGACACAGAUGAAUAAACAUUAUGUUUACGCGCCAAAUCGAUCGAAAACCACCAAAAUAUGUUGUUUACUCUCACAUCUGUUAUUUAUAAAGUAAAGAAUGAAUAUUAUCAAACCGCUUAAGUAAAAUCAGUCAGUGAGGUAAAUGACCGUUAACGUUUAAAUAAUAAGAGCGCGCGGCUGAUGCAGAACAAAGAAGGCGCGCGCACUAAAUAAAUAGAAACGCAGCUUUAAUUGUGGCAUCGAAUUAAACUCCUGUUUAAUAGCUGUCAGAAGUCGGAUUUGUAUCAUACGUCCAGACAAUGUAACAGAUUUUGAUCUGAUCAUAAAUGUUUCAUACAAUCAAAUGACCAGUGUCCAGGUUAUCUGGAGACCAGUAGCCUACAUCACGUCGCUACAACGUUCUCCUUGGGAUUAAUUCACGACGUUAUUUGAGGACGUGGCUACGACGUCUCUGGAAUGUAAGCAACAAUUCUAAGGAAACUGAACGUUGCGAAGACGUCCUCAGAACGUGGUCACAAAGUAAUUUCACGGUUACCAAAUGAAGACGAACUGGCGACGUCGUCAGAACGUACUGUGUUACCACUUCUUUAUUUCCCUCAGCACUGUUUAAUCUUUCAAGUAAAAGACUUGUCAUUUCAACAUUAUUGAUAUUUUUUGUCUUUAUUUUUAUCUGCUCGUGUUGUCACCUUAAUUACUAUUGGUGGUUAUGUUUGUAAUAUAUAACCUUACAUCAGCGUGUGAAGAAGGUCUGGGUAAUCUUGUCUGAACGUUUUAUCCUUGAAAUGGUUGAUAUCUGCGCUUCAUUUCACUUAAUUUAUCACAUACGAUUGCACUGUCACAGUUUACGAUACCUUUGAUCUGCUGGGAGUAUUAAAUAAAAUAUACCAAAACUAA